AAUUUAUCCGGCGAGCCCCAUCAUUUUUGAGCCGAAGGUGGAUGACUCCGUGGCGUCCACUCUACCUGCGACGCCGGCUCAGAGAAGCCAACGGCGAAGCCAAGUCCAGCUCAGACUCAACCGUUUUGACCAAGACUGACCGUCAUCUAACUUCGCGCAGUAAUGUGCGGUGUCUCUUGGACUUGAUCUGGUUGGAAUGGCCAACCUUGUGUAGCGGCAUCGUCGGCCUGUCAGUCUCGUCCCUUACAAACCUGCUGUUCCCCAAAGUCCUAGGGGCAGCGCUGGACGUCGCAUGUGGUCGGCCUCCGCCGCGAAACAUGUCACACAAGGCGUUCUUCUUAACGAUCCUGUCCAUAUUCGUGUCUGGCGCCACGGCUUCCUUCGUCCGCGUAUACUGCCUUGGCUCUGUCGCGGAAUCCACUGCCAAGCGACUCCGCGAUCGCGUGUAUGCAGCUUACAUCACCAAAGACAUGUUGUUCUUUGCGCAGUCGGAGCGCACCGAGCUAGUUCAUCGACUUACCCACGAGUGCCAAACCGCCGCCGACGCCGUCGUUAACAUCAUCGCAGACGGCUAUCGAUCUUUGAACUCGUCUAUUGGGGCUAGCAUUAUGCUGUUCCGGCUGUCGCCCACCCUCACCCUCGUGUCCCUCUCCGUCCUGCCCUUCCUCGGGGCAGGUGCCAUGACCAUGCGCUUAUACCUCAAGGGCUUGGAGCGGCAGUAUGACGCGACCCUUGCCGCCCUUCGCGCAUCCGCCGACGAGCGGUUGGGUGGAAUUGAAACCGUAAAGCUGUGCACUCAAGAAACGACGGAGCUCCGGUCGUUCGUCCAACAAACGGCCACGGUGGCCAAGGCAGGCCGUCGAGCCAAAGCGGUUGAAGGCUUUUACAUGGGCGGGCUGUCGCUGUCCAUCAACUUGUCACUUUCCAGUGUGUUGUGGGUCGGUGGGUCAAUCGUCGGCAGUGGCGGCCUCACGACCGGAGAACUGACGUCGUUCAUGAUGUACAGCGGAUUCAUGUGUCUAGGGUUUGCACAGCUGUCCACCCUCGGGUCGAAAGUACGAGCCACGAACGAAGCUACAGCCGUGUUGUUCGACCUCGUGGACCCCAACCAGUCGCAGCUAAAGGCUGAAACGACCCUUCAACUAGAAGACGUGACUGCAUCCAGUGAGAAGAAGGACGAGAUCGAAGGAGCCAUUGCAUUGAACCACGUCACAUUUGGCUACAACGACCACGGACCCCUUUUUAAAGACCUGACGUGGCAUGUCCCAGCCGGUUCGACGGUGGCGCUUGUGGGGGCGAGUGGCGCCGGCAAGUCGACGGUCGCUAAAUUGAUGACGCGGCUGCUGGAACCGUCGUCGGGUCGGGUCACGUUGGACGGCAUCGACGUCUCUACCCUCGACAAGGAAUUCCUUCGCCGGCAUGUCGCCAUGGUGCCUCAGGAUGCCACGAUUUUCGCCCAAACUGCCCACGCAGCCAUCAAGUACGCCAACCCGGCCGCGUCCGACGACGACGUCCGGGCCGCCGCCGCACUUGCCCACGUCCACGACUUUAUCACGGAGCUUCCACAAGGCUACGACACUGUCGUGACCCAGUCGAACGUGUCGGGCGGCCAAAAGCAGCGGCUAGCCCUCGCCCGCGCCCUUCUCACCCGCCCAAAGGUACUCAUCUUGGAUGAAGCCACGGUGGCGCUGGAAGGCAGCACCGAACGGGGCAUCCUCUCGCGCGUGUCGGCUGGCCAGACAACGAUUGUGAUCGCCCACCGCGUGUCUACGAUCCGAGCCUGCGCCACCAUCGCCGUGCUGCAAGAAGGGGCGAUCGCUGAAGUCGGCACGUACGACCAACUCGACCGCGAUGGCACCAUCUUCCACUCGCUCGUGGCCACCCAAGUCAUCGACGCCUCCGAGUAAUACAAGUUGUCAGAGGGGAUGGUUGUUUCUGAUAUCUCAUGUACGGAGGAGUACGAAGCAUCAACCGAUAAAGUCCAAGCAUCGUGCCAACGUCGUCACGUAAUAAUCCCAUAUCAGUAGUCUGUGUUUCGAGUGAACGCGCUUAAAUUCCGUGCCCGUGUAAAACUCCUACCAGCAGC